AAAAAAUCAGGCUCGCACGAAGAUCGGAAGAGCGGGCGAGGGCACCCCCACCUUCAACCCCAUCCCCACCGCGUCCCGACUUCGCCCUCCGUCCACCAUCCCCAAUCUAGCGACCAACUUCACCAGUGCCUCCACUCUCCUCCACGGCCCUCGUCGCGGCCCCAGCUUUUACAAGCUGCCCACCUUGAGCACGCGCUUCGUGUCGUGUCGUGAGCAGGCCCCGGAGACUCCAGGGGCAGAAGACGUCACCAUGGCUCCUCUAGUUUCUCCAAAAGGCGCGCUCGUCCUCGGGCUGCUCUUUGCGUCCGCGCUCCUCACUCUCGCCGCCCGACCGAAAUGCGUGCUGUACUCGAAUUGGGACUUGACGGACAAGCAGCAGACGCAGUCGAAGAAGGGCGGCAAGUCCUCCAAGUCGCUGCCCACUGGCAGACUCACCAUCAAGGAGUACAAGGGCAGCGACGACGAGUCGUUCGACCUGCAGGUGACUGCCGAGGUCAGCGAGUUACCCGAACCCCCGGUGGGGAUCGUGAUUGGAAAGGGCAAGUUCGGCAGCAACACGGGCGUCUCGUGGUACAUCAACAAGCCGUGGAGCGGCGGCGGCGGCUCGUACAAGCUGGACUUCAAGCUGACGGCCAUUGAGAAGAUCAAGCCACGUGGCGGCAGCGGGACCAUCCUGGAGGUGCUGCAGGCCGUGGAUAAGGGUGUCGUGUCGGAUUACUACACUGCUGUUCUCACCAAGUCGACCAGGAAAUCCGGUGGCCUCGUUGGUGGCGGGUUCGUCAAAGGCUUCCCAAAUAUUCUGCCCAUGUUCAGCUGCUGA